GCGCAGCGCAGCCAAGCUUAUCGAACACGUCCCUUUGUCGUCUGUGUUCCCUUUCAUGUAUAUCUCUUUACAUAAUCGAUAUUGCACUGUCCUUGACAAGUGUAUUCAACUCCUCGACCACACCGUCGCCAUGGUGCCACCACCACGAUCAAUCACCACUGCUGCCGACUCCAGGUCGAAGACACCGACUCCUUCAAGCGCUUCCAGUCCAUCACUCCGAUCCAGGACGCCUGUGAAUGUACUCAUGGCGCCAGUGAAUUCCAAUCCAGGUGGUAACGUGAAAGUAGUGGUGAGAGUCAGAGGAUUUCUUCCUCGAGAGAUCGAAAGAGGUGCACAAUGCUUGAUCGACAUGAGCCCAGUUACCCAGUCCACGAAACUCCUCGUUCCUCCCUCGAGUGAUCCUGCGAAUGCCCGAGCCCAAACCCGAAAAGUGGUCGAAGAGAAGACCUUCACAUUCGACAGAUCUUUCUGGUCGCACGAUACUGAAGACGAGCACUAUGCCACACAAGAAGAUGUUUACAACUCUCUAGGAGAGGAAUUUCUUGAUCACAACUUUGAAGGAUAUCAUACAUGUAUCUUUGCUUAUGGCCAAACAGGCUCGGGGAAGAGUUACACGAUGAUGGGUACGCCCGAGCAGGAAGGCCUAAUCCCACGCACCUGCGAGGACUUAUUCCAGCGGAUCGAGUCGAACGAAAGCCCCCACAUCAGCUACAGUGUUCGAGUGUCGUAUUUCGAAGUGUACAAUGAGCAUGUCAGAGACCUGUUCCAACCUCGAACAGAUCCUCCUCAGUAUCUGAAGAUCCGAGAAUCACCUACUGAAGGACCGUAUGUGAAGGACUUGACAGAGAUCCAGGUCAAGAACUACACUGAGAUCCUGAAGUAUAUGCGCAUGGGUGACAGCUCGAGAACGACGGCGUCGACCAAGAUGAAUGAUACAUCCUCUCGCUCACAUGCUGUCUUCACAAUCAUGCUGAAACAGAUUCACCACGACUACAAGACAGAUGAGACCACAGAAAGACUGGCACGAAUACGACUAGUGGACCUGGCAGGGUCGGAGCGGGCAAAGGCGACAGAAGCGACCGGCCAAAGACUUCGAGAAGGUGGAAACAUCAACAAGUCCUUGACCACUCUAGGAAGAGUCAUUGCCGCACUCGCAGACCCCAAACAUGCCCGAAUGCACAACAGCAAACGAGCGAACCGGGAUAUUGUGCCUUACCGCGACUCAAUUCUGACGUGGUUGCUGAAGGAUUCGCUGGGUGGAAACUCGAAGACUGCCAUGAUUGCCUGCAUUGCACCCGCAGACUACGACGAGACCUUGUCAACGCUGCGGUAUGCCGACCAAGCUAAGAACAUCCGUACCAAGGCUAUUGUCAAUCAAGAUCAUGUCUCUUCAGCUGAAAAGGAUGCUCAAAUCCAGGAGAUGCAGGAGACCAUUCGUACGUUACGAUGGACGCUUAGCCAACAGCAGCAGAAUGGCAGUGUCUCUGUGAUCAAGGCUGUCCAAGAGAAUGCCGAUAAUCAAUCAGAAAAGAUCCGGGAAUUCACCUCGAAAUAUGAGAACAUGUUGCAGAUCAUGGAAGAGAAGCUGGCCAUUUCUGAGUCAAAGGUUCGACAACUCGAGGAAGAGAAAGAAGCUUUGAGCAUCCACCUUCGACUUGUCCUGGAUGAGCUGAAGAACCCGAUCGUCAUCAACAAAGAGGAGACUGAGUUGAUUGGCGGCAGGUCUAGAGUCCCUACGCCUGACAUGAUUUACGAGGACGAUACUGCUUCAAGCGACGAAGUCGACACGGAGUCGGAGUACGAUGAGGAAGCAGCAGAGAUACAGGCUGAGAUGGAGGCACUGGUUGCUGACUUGGCAAAUUUCAAGAAGAAAGUUGCGAGUGAUCAUGAGAUGUUUGGCAUCAGCAUUGCGGCAUAGGGAAUGUGGAAUGUGGUCUUUCGGGAGUAUUGACGAAUAUGACGACAGACAUAAAUCAGAUAGCGAGGCGUCAUGGUGUCUGGUUUCAAUUGGGUAAGUAUGAGAGUCUUGAAUAUUGCCUCAGUAUAGGUAGUCUGCAUUCAUACAUUUUCAAGGUGUUGGCGCUUCGUUGACGUCAGAGUCGCAUCGACCUUCUUAGCGACUCUCAAUCCGAU